AUGGCGUCGCUCGUUACCGACUUUCUUGUCAAUCCGGUCAUACGACAAGCAAGACGGUUCUCACGAUCAUCAGGUAACCAUACCACUUCCGACUCCGUCUCGCCUGCCGAAACACCUAGUGAACACAAAGAAUGCCAAGACGAUGCCAUAUCAGAGACAGAAGAAGAUUCAUACUUGGACGACGAAGUAGAUGAGAGCAUACCGUCGUCUCCCUCGUCACGGAGCUCCGUCCACCUAAACCCACAUAAUGAAGUAGCUGACCUGGAUGAGAACAUCGCCCAGUUAAAUGCCAUAAAUCGUACCAUCGCCCGCAACCCCGAUACGCAUCUCUGCGACCAUGACAUUCAAAAUCUCGACACACAUCUCAGUUCGAUGUCUAUAAGUAGCUCCACUAUGGCAGCAGAUAGACUGUUAUCACCUGCCGAUAUUUCUUCUCCGAGGAUAGAACGAAGAAAAUCUUUACCCGAGGAUGAUGGGAUGAGUUCAUUGAGGAAACGUGUAUUCGCCAUCCAAGCACAAGAUGUUGAACCAGUCGAGAAAGCCCGUUUAAUGCACCAGCUUCUAAUAGAAGGUUACACGAAAUCAAGAAAGGUGGUCCUAAUAGAACGACCCAUAACGCCCUCUAGCCCCACAACUUCAGAACAACGACGAUCCCAAGGUCCUUUAGAAUCCUUCAGAUUCUGGCAGAAUACCUCAGAGGAGACGGUAACACUCGAGGAAUUUGAUUUGACACCCGAGGACCUUCAGCCUACAUUUGCGCCACCGAGGGAAAUAUCAGAAGAUCCUGGUGAAUAUGCAGAAGAUCCUGAAGACGAUCGACCUCUCGGUUGCGAGCACUAUAGGCGAAAUGUUAAACUACAAUGCUCCACAUGUAAUCGGUGGUACACAUGUCGUUUCUGCCAUGACAAGGUAGAGGAUCACAAUCUGAUCAGACAAGAUACUAGAAACAUGUUGUGUAUGUAUUGCGGCACUGCCCAAAGGGCUAACGAUGUUUGUAUGUCGUGCGGAAUCUCAGCUGCUCGCUAUUACUGCAAUAUAUGCAAAUUAUGGAACGACGAUCCGGACAAGCCUGUCUACCACUGCAAUGACUGUGGUAUCUGCAGGAUUGGAAGGGGAAUUGGUAAAGACUUCUUCCAUUGCAAGACUUGCUGCGCUUGCAUCGCCAUAGGCCAGGAGAAGGACCACAAGUGCAUCGAGAGGUCUACCGACUGCGAUUGUCCUAUUUGCGGCGACUAUAUGUUCACUUCUCCCAAGGCCGUAUGCUUUAUGAAAUGCGGACAUAGUAUUCAUCGUCAGUGCCUUGAUGAACAUAUGAAAGUUGCCUAUAAAUGCCCGAUAUGCAACAGGAGCUUAGCAAACAUGGAGUUGCAAUUUCGGAAUCUUGAUAUCGCAAUCGAAACGCAGCCCAUGCCACCCGAGUUUCAGGAUACGCGAGCGUUGAUUCUAUGCAACGACUGUUCUACCAAGAGCACAGUCAAAUACCAUUGGCUAGGUUUAAAGUGUGGCCUCUGUGCCUCUUAUAAUACCGCACAACUUCAGAUACUUGGCAUGGCGGACUCGGCAAUCGAAACUGACCUGCUUGGGCGGGAAAUAGAAUUCUCCGAACUAACAGCUUUACGAGGUAUUGCAGAAGGAGUUGAUGGUGCUCGGACUCGUGACAUAAGGAGGCGUCAUUCGUCUAUUGUCGCGCGGUCGACAAUCAACCAAUCCAUCAUGGAGUCGGAUUACCCCGAUAGGCUUGCGCGCUCUGUGUCCCCGCCUGCUGGUCUAGCGGCUUGGAAUGCUCUUGCGGGACACUCUCUCGUGGAAGCCGAUGACGAGGAUAGAGAGGAUAUAUUAGGAUUUUGGAGUCGGCUUCCUCGUAGUAUAACGUCGGACGAUGAUGAGGACGACGCAGAUGACUCGGAUGGUGAAUCUAUAUCGUCUUCAGAAGACGAGGAUGAGGAGGACGAAGGAGACGAUGAUGAGAUAGAUGACUUUGAACUGCUUGGGCACCGCUAA